AUGCGGCUGGAUCUGAAAAUUGAGACAGGAACUCCGCCGGAAAUGGAGUUCAAAGUUCGGGGAAAGGUCCCAUACGGCACGCCAGGCGAUGUUCCUUUGCUUCCCAAAAAGCAGCGAGAUAGCAGUGGACAUGGCAGUCCUCCUGUUCCACUCUUCUCUGCCCAAUUUCAUACUUCUUCUUCUCGUUCAUUUUCCGUUCGAAAACGCUUGUCUUGCUCGUCGUCGUCAACUUCCAUGGAACAUCAUGAAUCAAAAUUCAAGGAAUUUCCUUAUGUAUCUGUUCCGCAUAGAGAGUUAAUGGUGGAACUUGUAUCGACUAUGGAGAAUCUUUACUUCCUUGCUCAUGUGCAGUAUUUUGAGAAUGAGUCUGCUACUGCUCACGCUUUUCUCUAUGUCAGAUCUGGAAAUUCCUCUUCUCAGUUAUCCGCUGCAGUCCAACAACUCUCAUCUUCAUUCUUGAUCUACCUCCGCGAAAGGACCUUGUCCAGCCAAUAUCCUGAUUACCUCAAGACCUUUUAUGAGGAAAUGCAAUUAGACAAGCAGAGACAACUUCUCGAGAAGCUACCAGAGGUAAAGCCUUAUUUCUCUUCGUCUCUAUAUAUUCGAGCCCUUUUCUCUCCAUCAGCUAUCUUGGUUUCUGUAGUUUAUGAAGAAGAAGAAUUAUCCUUGAUAGUCUAA